ACAUCCCUCCUAGUGUCGUGGCCACACCUGCAAUCAUCGAGACAGCGUAGAGAUUUAGGAGAAUGUUGGAGUAUUUUCCACGGCGAUAUACGGGUAGAUGGCUUAGUGCCUGGCAAACAGGUGAAUUACUGCAGUUGGAAAAAUAUAGGGAAUUUACCUGGAAAGUCCGCUGCCUCUCGGGAAUGCGGUUGGGGCGGUUGACCAGCGAAUCGAGAAACAUGUUUUGACAGAAGGUGGUUGGUCGAGGUAGGAAGUGUUCAAGCACGGACGGCAUUUGCCGGACUGUUCCGAGAGUGCCAACAGCAUGGCAGAGGCCCGCGUCCGCGUCAGGGGCGUCACGAUACACCGGCCGAUUAUCUAUGGGAACACAGCGACGGUGCUCACCGCAGCGGAAAGGGAAACAUGCGGUUUUCCCGACCACACGCACAGGUGGACCGUAGCAGUACGGAGCGCUGCCAACGCACCAGAUUCUGAUACGGUUGGCGGAGCAGAUGACCUCAGCUACUUCAUAAAACGCGUGACAUUCAAGCUGCACGACACAUAUUCCAAUCCGACAAGAAAUGUUGACAAACCACCUUUUGAGCUUUCCGAAACUGGCUGGGGCGAGUUUGAAAUUCAUAUCCGAAUCCAUUUCGUCGCCGAAUCAGGAGAGAAGCCCAUUACCCUCUACCACCAUCUCAAACUUCAUCCGUGGUCCCUCACGUUUCAGGCGCUAGGAACGGAACCAGAAAUUCCGUCCCCUGAAAGCGCAGCCAAGUUCGGCCCAGUCCACUCUUGGCAGUAUGACGAGAUUGUCUUUACGGAUCCCUUCCAGUCGUUCCUUACCUUGCUGACCGCCCACCCUCCCACACCUCUCCCAAGGACGAGUAAAAAUCCUACACCUUUUCAUACUUCAUACCCUGCGUCUCUUGAAGAGACUAGGAAACCCGGCGUGCCUGAGUUCACUGGUGCAAUGGAGAGAGAUGAGGGCGAGAGGCUGGAAGAGGCCAAAGAGAAAAUUAUCAAGGAACAGGAAAAGUGGAAAGGCAUCCUGUUGGAGCGGGAAAAGGAACUGGAGAGAUUACAGAAACUCCUCGCUGCCAAGGACUGAGAAAUCAAUUAUUGUAGCAUAGCGGUUUGUACUAUCUUACUCUGCCCCGCUGGCUGUCGCGCCCAGUACAGUCUGAAUUGCAUGCCUUCUGAUGGCCAACUAGAAA